AUGUCUGACGACGAAAACGACCGAACCAACACCACCCCCUCCUUCGAGACCAACAACAAAUCUAUUUCAGACCGCUACCCAGUACACACCCACGGAUACGCUUCCAACGACCUCACAAGCGCCAUCAACGAAAUGUUCGGCAACAUCGUCGAGACAGUGAUCACUGAAUUCCCCGAACUUGACAUUGAGCGCAAGAGCGCUUUGGCUAAUAAUAUGAUUACGCGUGAUCUUCGGUGGGCGGGGAUGUCGGUGAAUAGUAUCGAUAUCUCUAUCAAUGGAAGUGCGUUCGCCCCAGCGACGGGGUCGGUGAUGGAAGAAGAGAAUGGAGCCGAGGAUGAGGCGGUGGAAGGAGGGCUAGGGGUAGAGAAUCUGAACAUCAGUUGA